AAACACAACAAGGCUUGUCACAUCAGACCUACUUUGUUUUUAUUAUCAUUACUUGUUUUAUAAUUUCUGUUUUAAAAAAUUUAACUUCUACCAAGAGGUCUUUUAUUCCUGUUUUAUUUUAGUUUUACUCCUGUUAACUCUAGUACAGAAUAUAUAAAAAAAUAUUGGUAUUAUUAAAAUAAUAUAAUAUCAUAAAAUUAGUUAUAGCGGUAUCUAGUGAAAUUUUAAAUUUUAACACAUUCGUAAAUACAAAAACUUGUUCGUUGUGUGAUUUAUUUUGUAUUGUACUACAAUCUACUAGAUUAUGUCAGGGUCUAACGAUUCUAUCAAAGACCUAAGAAUGAAAAAACGUAGUUUGGCUGGUAAUGUAGCCCUUGGAUUGUAUAUUUUAGCUCUGGUAUUUGUUUUUGUUGCGUUUUUUUCAACUAGUUGGCUUGUCAGUGAUCCAAGAAUUACAGGGGCCAAAUUGGAUAGUUUUGGAUUAUGGACCCACUGUUUUCGUUCUCUUCCUGAUCCCAAUGAUCCUGCUGAACGUCGGCAUUUUGUUGGAUGUCAUUGGAUAUUCGAUCCAUUCACUAAAGGUUAUGAUGAAAUAAAAGGAUUUUUAUUGCCAUUUAACAUAAUGGCAACUCAAUUUUUCUACACAAUUGCAUUCUUGGGAACUUUGUUUUCUUCGGUUGGUUCUCUUAUGUUUCUCUUAUGUUGUACUCCUGAAGAAAAACGUUUUAUAAAAUUAACAUUCAUUUUAGGAAUAACACUAGUUGUAUCAGGAAUUUGUGCUGCACUUGCAGUUUUAAUAUUUGCUUUAUUUGCAAAUAGACCUGGAUGGAUGCCUGGUCAUGACAACAAUUUUUUCGGAUGGGCUUUUGGAGUAGCAAUUGCCAGUUUCUUUGCUUUACUUGCAUCUGGAGCUUUUUACUUAGUUGAAACUAAUAUUCAAGUAAAGAAAAGAAAAUAUUUGAAGGAAUCUCAAACUAAAUUUGACAUGGAAACAAAAUCAUAAAAUUGAAUUAAUUUUAUAUAUUUUUUUAUUUUUAACUCUAUUCUAUUUGAUAAAAUAUUAAUUUUAUUUGACGAAUAAACUGAUAAAUAUAAUAAAAACAUUCCAAUUAUUCUAACAAUAUUUUUAUAUUGCAUAUUUACAAUAAUUGUGAUAGCUUGUGAAUAUAUUAUUAUUUAUGAAACUUACUCCGUCCAUUAAAAUGAGUACUGAGUUUUGUAAUUACUAAUUACUUAUUUUAGACAUACUUAUUUCAUAAAACUAAGUAUUUGAAUCAAAUAGUACAAGAUAAAAUUUAAGUAUACAUAUCUUUAAGAUCUAAAUUAAUAAAGUAUUUUUUUAGCUAUUUAAAUGUGUGUUCAAAAACAAUUACUAAAAAUGUAACAUUAAUACUGAUUAUACCUAUUAUAUGUUUGUAAGAAAAUCCUAAAAUAACAGGAUUCAUCACUGUAAGGGAUGAACACCACUCAUUUUUUCUAAUAAUAUUAUUUAUAGAUCUGUUUUUUUUAUUUUUUGUAUUGAAAUUAACUUCAAUAUAUAUUAACUUGUUUUUGUAAUUAUUAAUUAUUAAUACUCUACUUGUAUUAAUUCUCAAGAUGUAUAACUAUAAUUAAAAUUUGUAUUGUUUUAUUAAUAUUUUCUUAAAUUUAGUAAAACUUAAAAAACUACAUUAUAAAUUAUUUGUUUUGUAGUCAAAAUUAAAUUAGGUGUUAUCAAUUAAGAAUUUGCUUUAUAUAAAUAAUAUUAAAUUUAAUUACCAUUUUUAUAAUUAUUUUGUAAAUGAUUAAUUGUUCAAUUAUCUAUAAACAUGUCAUUCUUUUUUUA